AUGGAUCCUCAUAAUAAUAAUGCUGACAAUAGUCUGAAUGGUUCAAAUCAUAAAAAUCAACAAAAUCAUAAUGAUAGUCUUAAUUCAUCAACACUUAGCUCUGGUAAUUCAUCAUCAAAAGGCGAAGAAUUAUGGGUUGUAAUGGAGUAUUUAGACGGCGGCUCACUGACUGAUGUUGUCACCGAGACGUGUAUGGAUGAAGGACAUAUUGCAACGAUAUGCCGAGAGAUUUUAUAUGCAUUUGAAUUUCUACACGCCAAUCAUGUUAUUCAUGGUGAUAUCAGAUCAGAUAAUAUUCUACUUGGUAUGGAUGGAUCUGUAAAAUUGACAGAUUUUAGUUUCUGUGCACAAUUACGUAAUGAUGGAACACAACGUUCCACUAUGGUUGGCACACCGUAUUGGAUGGCACCAGAAGUUGUUUUACGCAAACAGUAUGGUCCAAAAGUUGAUAUAUGGUCAUUAGGUAUUAUGACUAUUGAAAUGGUUGAUCGGGAACCACCCUAUUUGAAUGAAAAUCCCGUUCGAGCUCUUUAUCUAAUCGCUAUUAAUGGUAAACCAGGAAUUAAAGAACGCGAUCGUCUAUCAAGUACAUUUUCUGAUGUUGAUGAUGAUGAUGAAGAAGGCGAAGGCGAGGAAGAAGAAGAGGAAGACGAAGAGGACGAUGAAGAAGGUGUAGUAGUCGAGGCUGAGGAGGAGGAAGAAGAAGAAGAGGACAGUGAAACUGAUGAACAAAGUGAAUUAAGCAAUUAUGAGAUUAUUACAUCUCAAGUCACUGUUGAAUGGAUGACAAGCAGUGAGACUGGAAGUAACUUACCUACACCAAUGACAAUGUCAAAAGAAUCUGAACAUGCUAUGAUAAACGAAAUCGAAGGAUAA